AUGAAGGCACAUUUCGGUAUCUUGCUAUCAAUCGCCAGCCAGGCUACGGCCACUGCCUCAGCGGGCUGUGGAAAGCCAUUGCCCGAGCAUCAGGGUACCGGAGGAAGCUAUCCGACGGACUUCACCGCAUCAGAUGGCACUCUUCGCUCUUAUAUCAUCCACAUUCCGUCCAACUAUGACGAGAAUAGAGCAAUCCCACUUAUCUUCUCCUUUCAUGGGAGGUCGAAAACCGCCGAAAGUCAAGAGCAGCUUUCGCAAUUCAGCAAUGAAGCGUGGAAUCCCGAUGCUAUUGCGGUUUAUCCCCAGGGUCUUGAUAACCAAUGGCAAGGAGACCCAGCUUCUUCUGGAGUCGACGACGUCGCAUUCACCAUGGAAAUGCUUGACCACUUCGAGGAAAGAUACUGCAUUGAUUCUUCGCGCGUAUAUGCCACCGGUAAAUCAAACGGCGGGGGCUUCACAAAUCUCCUAGCUUGCGAUCCUACGGCCUCCGAACGUAUUGCGGCAUUUGCCCCCGUUUCAGGCGCAUACUACCAGGACGUACCCGAGGACGCCUGCAAUGCCGAAACGGUGCCGAUCAAAUGUAAUACCGGACGGUGUCCAAUCCCAAUCAUCGAGUUCCACGGCACGGCCGACACAACAAUCCCUUACAAUGGAGGUGGUAGACGCGGAGAGUGUUUACCCUCUGUACCGCAUUUCGUCCGGGAGUGGGCAAAGAGGGACGGACUCGGGCUGCACAACCAAACUACAAGCGUUUACGACGGUAAUGUCCUGGAAUAUCAGUACGGCCGGGGAGAGGCCUUGGGCACUGUUACUCAUUAUCGCAUUGAGGGACUGGGUCAUGAUUGGCCUAGCGUAAAUCCGAACAGUGAUAAUCCUGAUGGGACUUUUCUGGAUGCGACUCCCAUUAUCAUGGACUUUUUCAGCCGCUGGACGUUGUGA